AAAUCACUUUCUAACUGCGCGAAUAUUUCUAUGUAUACCGAUCCAUACUGGGAGUGCAUGAUCAGAUCCUAUGCCACGACUAUAUAUCACCCAGUGGGUACUUGCAAGAUGGGGCCUAAUUCGGAUCCAACGGCUGUAGUAGACCCUCGGCUUCGAGUUUACGGAGUCACCGGACUUCGAGUCAUAGACGGCUCGAUUAUGCCAAUCAUAGUCAGUGGUAAUACCAAUGCUCCGAUUAUCAUGAUCGCAGAGAAGGGUGCCGAUAUGAUAAAAGAGGAAUGGUUGAUGAAACGGAAUUUGAGAGUGAAUAAUAUCUCAAAUAAGUGAGCAGUCUUUGCAAAUUAAUUUACAGCGACUGCUAUUGUUUAUUGCAUAAUAGAAACGUAUAAUUAUGAACUCGAAAUAUAUUUUCAUCAUAUAUUGCGAAUAGCGGAAUUUGCGUCUGAAUUUAGUCUGUUUAUCCGAACUUAUCGGGGAACAAACAGUUAGUAAAGCAGUGGUUCAACAAUUUUUCCCGUUACGUUCCUUUGAUAUUGAUAUAUUGCAUUGUAAUCGAAACCUAUAGUGUGAGAUAAGCAUAGCGUCGAUGAAGGAAAGUCGUUACAGAC